AUGGACAACAUCGACGAGGAAUAUGACGUUGAACACCUUCACGACUGCGCGAAGAAGGCUGAGAGUUUUAAAACCACCAAGAGAAGCCUAUCCCUUGAAACUCUUAAGCUGAUACGUCAGCCUGGAGCAGCACGAGCCGCAGGGAACCAAGAACUCACAGGCGGGGAAAAACAUCAGCUAUGCCCGUCGAGACUUCGCCAGUCGCAAGAGAAGGAUAACUGCUCUCCGGAACUCGACCAUUGCAUCGAGAAGGGGAUGGAGAAAAUCAUCUACGACUUCUACUCUGAUCUCUUCGACAGCCAUGUCCAAUUACCUCCUCACCAUCUGAGGGAAGAUGGACAAGUCAUUCCAGAAGUUCUCUCGUCCGAAAUACGACAUGCUAUCAUGUCGGUAAGAAAUCGUACGGCACCCGGUCCCGACAGAAUAAGACCAGAACACCUGAUGAGCCUUCCGCCAGUACUCAUCAACACCCUGGCGAGGCUCUUUACAUGUUAUCUGUCGGAAUGCAAGGUUCCUAAACAGUGGAAGACCAGCAAGACCAUGUUGUUGUAUAAAAAGGGAGCUCCACAUGACAGCGGCAACUAUCGUCCAACCUGCUUACUGUCCGUCAUCUACAAGCUCUUUACAAGAGUGAUCCUUAAUAGGAUUGAAAAAGUCUUAGAUGAAAGACAGCCAUGCGAGCAAGCAAGGUUUCGAAAAGGAUUCAGCACGACUGACCACAUUCCCACUGUUUCGAAACUCAUCGAGGUAUCACGAGAGCAAAAGAUGCCGCUCUGUCUCACCUUCAUCUACUUAAAGAAGGCCUUCGACUCAGUUGAGACGGAAGCGGUCGUAGAAGCCUUGGACAACCAAGGCGUCCCUACUCAGUACAUAAAGGUACUUCGAGAGUUGUACAGUAACUUCACGACCGGAUUUUCGCCAUUCUACAAGAACAUCAUCAUUGACGUGAAGAGGGGGGUCCGACAGGGUGAUACAAUCUCACCCAAAAUAUUCACAGCCACCCUCGAGAACGCAAUGCGAAAUUUGGAAUGGGACGACAUGGGAGUGAAGGCUGAUGGUCGACAGCUACACCAUUUGCGCUUUGUUGAUGACAUCGUACUGGUAACACCUAGCAUCAGCCAAGCGAAACGAAUGCUGACCGAAUUCGACGAAACAUGUGGAUGCAUCGGUCUUCAGCUGAAUCUGCAAAAGACGAUGUUCAUGCGGAACGGAUGGGUCUCGGAUGCCCCAUUCACGCUCAACGGAACGAACAUAUCCGAAUGCACCAGCUAUGUUUAUCUGAGUCGGGAAUUGAACAUGAUGAACGACCUGACCCCCGAGCUGGGCAAGAGGAGAAGAGCGGCUUGGGGAGCGUACAAGAGCAUCGAGGAUGUAGAGAAGAAGACCAGGAACACCCGGCUCCGUGCUCACCUCUUCAACACCACCGUACUUCCUGCUUUGACCUAUGCUUCGGAAACCCGGGCAUUUCGCAAGCAGGAAGAAAACGCGGUGAGCGUCGUUGAAAGCGCAAUUGAGAGUGAUGCUAGGAGUAUCCCGUUUCACGCAAAUGAGGGACGGGAUUCGAAGUUCUCUCCUACGUCAGCGAUCGAAAAUUAG